AUGCCCCUAACAACCUACCACUACACCUGCGGCCACACCCGCCACGUCCAAGGCCGCGAAUGCUCCUGCAUCUACGACCAGCUCCUACGCAUCAACGAGCGCAGAACCUUCUACGAUCCAGACAUCCGCUACGUGCCCUUCAACUACAGCGGUAACUGCCGUCACAAUCGCGACGUGAUGCGGCCGCACGAGUGUCGAGAUUGUCGGCACUACCGCGAAAGGGAACGUGCUGCGAUCCGGGCGAGACUGCCGGAUACGUCGCGACGAUAUGGAUUGGCGGAUCUGGCAGGGAGGAGUGAUUUGGCGCCGUUCUUUUAUGAUUCGUAUCGGAGUGGGCCGUGGUGGUAUGGGCAUGGGUAUGGAGGUCGUGGACAAGGGUUUGGGAGUGGGAAGUGGAGGUGA